AUGAUGAUGGCAUCUUUAACCACAAUAACACCUUUCGAAUCACCAUUUCAAUCAAGAAAUCCAUCAACAACAAAUCUAAAUACAAUUUCAACAAAUACAUCAGAAAUCUCAUUUAUUAAUAUAACCCCUGAUGAAAUUAUAAAUUCUAUAAAUUAUUGUAAUGAUUCUGAUGAUGGUAGUAUUCAUAAAUUAAAAAGCAAUGAUUUAGAAAUAAAGCUAGUCGAACCAAUUGUAUUUUUUAGAGAUGUACCUGAAGAAGCUGUUGGAUCUAUUUUAAGAGGUGAAUUAAUAUUACAUUUAAAUAAGCCUACAAAAAUCAAAAAAUUAGAAAUGAAAUUUGUUGGAACUACCAAGGUUUUAUGGUCCGGAGAUAAAAAAACAGUCAUAGAAGAGAGAGAAGUUUUUUCACAUAAUUGGAAAUUUAUUACUGCAAACAAAUCACCACCCACAUCUUCAACUUCUUCAUUAAAUUCACCAUCAUUUAAUAAAUUUAACUUUUUAAAAUUCAAUAAAAAAUUUCACAGCGACAGCAGUAAUAAUGAUAAUAACAGUAACUUAUUACAAAUAGGAGUUUACACCUAUCCAUUUGAAUUAUAUUUACCGGGUCAUUUACCAGAAACAUUAAAUACAGAUUUAGGUUCUGUAAAUUAUUUUUUAACAGCCAAAGCCAUUAGAUCUGGAUUAAAAUCAAAUUUAAGGAUAAAACAAAAUAUCGAAAUUUUACGUACAAUACCUGAUCAUAUAAAUUCUCAGGGAAUUGGAUUUGCAAGAGAUUUCAAUGAUUUACUAUCAUACGAAAUAUCCUUACCAAAAAAAGCCUUUCCACUUGGUCAAUCAAUACCAAUCGACAUGAAGAUUUGUCCAAAUGUUAAAAAAUUAAAAGUCAAAGGUGUCAAAAUUCAGAUAAUUGAAAAAACAACUUGCACUUCAAAAGGCCAAAACUUUACUAAUACAAGGAUUCCUGUCACGCAAGAAUUACCUUAUUUUGGUAAAGAAACAUUGUUAGAAGAUCAGGAAGAUGGCGAUGUUGGAAAUGUCACUUAUCAACAAAUAAUGGAUGUAAAUUUGCCUGUUUGUUCAGAACCUGUGCAUUAUUCUUGUUCGACUUCUUUAAUAAAUGUGUCGCAUGAUUUAAAAUUUUCUUUUGCAAUCACUUUACCACAAGAUCCUCCAAAGAAUGCAGAGCUUAAACUAAAUAUCCCAAUAACAUUAUUAUCUUGUAAGGCAAUUGGUGAUUUUAUAGCUUUACCAAAUUACGAGGACAAUGAUUUUUAUUGUCCUUGUAACCCUGCAUAUCAAAGAACGGCAACAAUUGCUUACGAAGCAUCAAUUUCUGGUGAUUUAUAA